UGGCUGCAACAUUUUAUAAUGACACGGCCGACGUUUGAGAUGUUGUGUGGAUUCAUCAGUCCUGAUGUUGCGCCCAUCACAGGUUGCCACCGACCACCGGUUCCAACCCAAAAGCGGAUUCCCAUCGCCCUUUACAAGCUGGCAACCUGCGCCGAGUAUAGAGUAGUUGGAGAAACUUUCGGGGUUAGUAAAACUACCGUCCAUCGAUGUGUAUAUGCUGUGUGCACCGCUAUUAAAGAAAAAUUAAUGCGGCGUUAUAUCAGACUUCCGACUGUAGCGGAGGCCAAUGAAAUUGCAUACCGCAAUUCCUUGGUGCAUCUUGUGCCACAGAUUUACGGUGCGCUGGAUGGCACGCAUGUGCCUAUUCUUCCCCCGACGGAAGGCUACCGCGAUUACAUUAAUCGCAAAGGGUGGCCAUCUAUUGUUCUCCAGGCCCUUGUUGAUGACAGGUGCAUGAUACGAGACAUUUGCAUUGGCACUCCUGGAAGUGCCCAUGAUGCAGCUGUGUUUGCAGCAUCGGAUCUGUACAGGUGAGCCUACCUUUCAACAUCCCUUCUCAGUGCGAUAACAACUGAAUUAGUACUGUAACCUGCUUCCCUUAAGGUUUUUAA